AAAUAGCACCUUGAAUAGCCCUUCACUUUGAGACCUUCAGAUCUCUCUGAUGUACUCUGUCCUGUGGUUUGUUCUAAAACAAAGAAAAAAGCCCUAAGCAAAAUAUAUAUGUGCACUAUGUAUUUCUAACUGAUCCAGUAAUUAACUUCUUCAGCACUCUUCAGAUAAGUGUGUUGAUCCUUUUAAGGAUUGACUCCUAAAGUGAACAGUUUGUGACCUAAGGAUAUACUUUCGGUUUGACAGAAUGCUGGAAUGUGGUUGUAAUGUUACAUAAGUUUAGAAAGGAUUCAAGUCUUUAUUUUUCAAAUUAAACAAUGCAUUGUGUAUUAUAUGUGUAGAAAGGCUAUAUUGUUCAAAGAGGUUGAUUUAUAUUUGUCUCAUGGCACAACUUAGCUACUGUAUACAUCUUUGCUUUCAUUUAGUCCAUUCUGAUUGAAAACUAGAAGAUUCCACAGGUAGGGUCAGUGAGCCCAACAAACCUUUUUAUUUAAAAUUCCCUCUGUGAUGCUGACAGAAAUUUCAGCCUUUAUUUCUGUCACCUUUUCCUAUGACCUCUGUGAGGCUGACAGACAUCUGAGCCUUUAUUUCUGUCAUCUCUUCCAUACUGCUAGCUGAAAUCAUCUGAUGUCUGAAUUAUUUGGGGUUUGCCCUCUGUACUGAUUUUCUGUUGCUAGUCUCCAGUUGUCAGACCUCAGUUGACUUUUGCAUUGAGUCAUGUCCUGCUAUCAUGAUUUGCCUUAGAAAUCCCCAGAAUAUGACUGAAAAUCAAAGUACUGCAUCCAUGAGCAGGGAAAAUAAACUAUGCAGAAAGUUUAAAGUUCACUUAACUCACAGAUUGCAAUGCCAUUUCUCUUCUGGAAGUAUUUUUAUAUGUUUUUGCUUUACUAUUUUUUUGUGGUUUGUUUUUUUUUUUUUCACUGAAGCUUAUGGUACAUGACACAAUAUAAGUGUCUUAUACAAUAAAAUUCCUGCCAAAGUACCUUGGCCAUGCUUCCUGAUUUUAUUUUCCUAUUUGUGGAUAUUAAAUAACAAGGCAAGACACGGCUGCCAAGUUUUACAAAACUAUGUCUGAACAACUUGUGGUGCCUUUAAAUACAAGGAGAUUUUGUCACAGAAUUGAAGUGACUCUGUAGUACCCUGAUUGUUUAAAAUUAAAACAUUGAUGCAGUGAGUCCAACACAAUGUCAUAAUUUAGUUAGGUAAUUCAAGUAAAAGUGAGCUUCAAUUAUAUGCUUAAAUGGACAUAGAAGAAAAAUUUUCACUGUUGGAAAGCACUGUGUUUUGUUCCUUAAUGUAUUUACCUGUAAAUGCACUGUGAAAACAUUUCAUAGCUUCCCUCAAACCAUUUUUAAUACUAAAAAGAGCCUUAAUGCUGCUAAAUAACACAGAUGACACUUUGGUAGUUGUGGAAGCAUUUAUCUUCUUCCAGAGAGCCUUUGCCUAAGUUUUGUCCGUAGCACGAAUUCUUGCUUGUAGUUCCCUGCAAAUUAUACCAAACACAUCUUACAAUGCUAAAUCCUAAACUACGAUCCUAAAAUGAAUCAGGGAUAUUGCAUUCUGUAUUAGCAGUGUCAUUUAACACACUGAGACCUAAGCUACCUGCUUAGGGCUACAUAACAGAUUGCUGCUACAGAGCCCCAGGCUGGGCUCUGCAGUUGCUCCUUCAUACAGAAUUACUGCAGCCAAAAAGUGUAAGGGGCAGCUCCAAUAGCAGCUGAGAGAACUACAAUUUGCAAUAAAUAAAUAAAUCUGGCUAGUAAGAAUCUGUUUUACAGCAUGAGAAAGGUGCUGAAGUCUGGUAGUUGUAUCUUGUUUUCACAAGAAUCACAAGAAUCACAAGGUUGGAAACGACCUAUAAGAUCAUCCAGUCCAACCGUCUCCUCAUCACCAUUGCCACCACUAGUACUAGUUUUGUCUGAAUAAACAAAAAGAAUUUAAACAAUUUUAUCUUGAUCUCGCUGGCUGCUAGUGGGUUCAGGACAGCAAGUCCAAACAUGGGAAAAACAAGUGAAGGCAGUGAGAAAUACUCAUUGAUCCAUCACCCAAAAGGAAGCCACCAUGUCCAAAAUUCCUUAUUUGUAAACAAACAUGUAAAACAAGUUGGACUGGAUAAAAUACUGAAAAUCCCUAUCUAGAGCCACCUCCUCUUGUGCCUAUAGCAGUGCUGCUCUCUGAGAGCUGCCUCACACGUCAGUAUGCCCCAGAGCUCACCAAGCAAUGGGCCAGAUACACAGUUCAGACCCAUCCUUGUUACAAACCUGCAGAGCUUAGGUACAGAAGGAUGGGUUUAGGCACUGGCUUCCGUUUAUACAUGAUACAGAAUCAUAGAAUCACCAAGGUUGGAAAAGAUCUCCAAGAUCAUCCAGUCCAACCAUCCACCUACCACCAACUAAACCAUGUCCCUCAGUACGACCUCUACACAGUUCAUGAACACCUCCAGUGACAGUGACUCAACCACCUCCUUCGACAGUCCAUUCUAGCACCUAACCACAUUUUCAGGGAAGAAAUUUUUUUUAACCAUAACAACAUUCAACCUGAAUCUUGCCUGGCACAACUUGAGGACGUUCCCUCUCACCCCAUUCCUAGUUAUGCAGGAGAAGCAGCUAACCCUCACAUCACCACAACCUCUUUUUCAGGUAGUUGUAGAGAGUAAUAAAGUCUCCCCUGAGCCUCCUCCAGACUGAACAAUCCAAGUUCCCUUAGCUGCUUCCCGUAACACCUAUGCUCCAGACCCAUCACAGCUUCACUGCCCUUUUCUGGAUACACUCCAUGACCUUGAUAUCUUGUAUUGAGGGGUCCAAAACCGAACACAGUACUUGAGGUGCAGCCUCACCAGUGCUGAGAACAGAGAGAGAAUCAUCUUCCUGCUUCUGCUGGCAAUGCUAGUUCUGAUAUAAGCCACUGGCCUUCUUGGCCACCUGGGCACAUUGCUGGGUCAUGCUGAGUCAAGUGCUGAUCAACACGCUCGGGUCCAUUUCUCCUACAGCCUUCCAGCCACUCUGCCCCAAGCCUGAAGCACUGCCUGGGGCUGUUGCAACCAAAGUGACACUGACCGGAUACUUGGUCUUGUUGAAUUUCAUCCCACUUACCUCAGCCCAGCAAUCCACUGUACUUUGUAGAGCCUUCUUACCCCCAGGCAGACUGACAUUUACUCCCAGCUUGGUGUCAUCUGCAAACUUACUGUGGGUGCACAGGUCAUCAGUCAAGAUACUGACCAGGACGGGCCCCAGUGUCGACCCCUGGGGGACACCGCUCUUGACAGCUGGAUUCAACUCCAUUCACCAUCACUCUGUGGGCUCUGCCCUCCACUCAGUUCUUUACCCAGAGCAAAGAGAGUACCUGUCCAAGCCACAGGCUGCCAGCUUUUCCAGGAGAAUACUGUUGGAGAGUGCCAAAGGCUUUGCUAAAGUCUGAGGAGACCAAGUCGACAGUCUUUCCCUCAUCCACCUCAUCAUCAAUCAUAGAAGAACAUGUUGAUCAAACAGUACCUGCCUUCUGUGAACCCAUGCUGGUCAGGCCUCAUCCCCGUUGUCUUGCACACGCUGCAUGAUCUCGUCAAGAUGAUCUGCUCCAUAACCUUUCCUGGCACCGAGGUCAAGCUGGCAGGCUUGUAGUUCCUCAGAUCUCUUAAGGACCCUUCCUGUAGCUGGGAGUCACAUUGGCAAGCCACCAAUCCUCUGGGAGCUCUUCGGUUGACCAUGAAAAGGCAGAGGCUGCCCACACACAAGGCCAUUCUCUGGAUGCUCUCCCCAGCACCUGAGCUCUGGUUACAGGCUCACCAAAGAGUACUCAUGCAGUAACAGACCGAGGUUGCAAAUCUGCGAGCUUUCAACUCUGUGGGUUGGGUAACAAAUGUGGGUAACAGAAGGCUUACAGCAGUGGAAACCGUGCACGCCUGUGCUGCCUGGCAGAGCCCUGAGCCUCGUCUCAGCAGCACAGCAGCGCCUCACCGGUCGCAAGGCGCCGCCAUUCCGGCGCUGGGCCAAGCGAAAGCGCUUCUCAGCGCCCUCGGGGCGCGUUGGGACGGCCCGCGGCCUGCGCUGCUCCCGCCCCGUUUCCUCCGGAGGCAGCGUGGAGGAGGCGGGCCGGGCUCUCGACAUGUCGGGCGCGGAGCGGCGGCGGGCGGCAGGCCGUGUCCAGUUGGACAGCAAACCUACACCAACCACCACAGAUGGAAAUCAGAACAUCACAGAAGUGGAUGCAUUUGAUAUAAGACAAACGUUUGACCCUGCAGAGCAGUACAAAAUGAACCAUCAGAGAAGAGGAGUUGCGUUAAUCUUCAAUCACGAGCACUUUUUUUGGCAUUUAAGGCUGCCAGAUAGACGUGGGACUUUGGCAGACAGAAACAAUCUGAAACGCAGUUUGACAGACCUUGGAUUUGAAGUCAGAAUUUUUGACGAUCUGAAAGCAGAAGAUGUGCUCCAGAACGUUUAUGAAGCCUCUCUGGAUGACUACAGCAGUGCUGACUGCUUUGUUUGUGUGUUCUUGAGUCAUGGUGAGAAUGAUCAUGUCUACGCAUAUGAUGCCCAAAUCAAAAUUGAGACGAUCACAAACAUGUUCAGAGGAGAUAAGUGCCAGAGUCUGGUAGGAAAGCCGAAGAUAUUUAUAAUUCAGGCAUGUCGAGGUGAUAAACAUGAUGACCCAGUUCUCGUUCAGGAUUUAGUAGACAGCAAAGAUGAAACCACUAUUAACCAGACUGAAGUGGAUGCAGCUGGUGUCUAUACCCUGCCGGCUGGUGCAGACUUUAUUAUGUGCUAUUCUGUGGCACAAGGUUACUUUUCUCACCGUGAAACUGUAAACGGCUCCUGGUACAUUCAAGAUUUGUGUGAGGCUCUCAGGAAGCACGGCUCUUCCUUGGAGUUCACAGAACUCCUUACUGUCGUUAACCGAAAAGUUUCUCAUCGCAAAGUGGAUAUGUGCAGAGAUAUAAAUGCUAUAGGAAAAAAACAGAUUCCUUGUUUUGCUUCAAUGUUGACGAAAAAAUUGUAUUUCCACCCAAAAUCUAAGUAGGUUGCUACUUAAUAAUGACAUUCUUUAAUGCUCACUGCAGAAGUGAGAAAACUACCAUCUUAGAUCAAGAGAUUUAAUACUCUAAGAUUAUAUACAAAAACACUGGGAUCAAACCUUAUAGUUUGUAUACGCAAUAGUUUCAAAAAUCUUAAGGCAAAUUUAAAGCUAAUAUUGCAGCUCUGUUCAUCUCAGGGAAUUUGGAAGAAGUUUACUGGUGCUAGAUUAGUAACAGGUGCUCAGAUUUUAUUGAAAUUAACUUUUAAGGAAAAAUUUUUGCUCAGUUUAUCUGUUUAGUUAUGGCACACUUUUUACUAUUUCCAAAACUUUUUAAACACUGUAUUAGGUUAGCUUCUCUUGCUCCAAGAGUACGGUUUACAGGAAAUAUACUUGUAAGGCAUCUUUUUAUAUCUGUGUACAACAGUAUCUGCCAUCUAAUUUUUAUGCAUUUAUUGAGGGUGGGUGGUUUUUUUCCUCUCAACACUAAAAACGUACUUAAUUCCUUGAGUACAGUUAUAGUUCUAAUGCACAUAAAGGACUUCUUGUGCUGGCGCAUAGUUUUAAUUUGUGGCACAAUUAAAGCUUAUGGUGCUUUGCAUCCUCAGAGGGAAAGAAAGCAGUAGUGAAAUAAGGCAGCAAAUGUCUUGCUUUGGAAAAGCAUGAUUUUGGGUACAAACAUGCUCUUUGACAGGGGUAAGCUAUAUACUACACAUCACUAAAGCAAAUGAUUUAUAUGGUUCAAGUUCACUUGCCACUCUUCUAGGUAUCUUUAGGCAGCUCUGCAAUAUACAACAUAAGCAAACCUUGGCACUUCAGAGGUACUGGUGUUGGACCAGACUUUGCCUCCUCUGGGCUCCAGAGAUCAGCUGUGCACUGUCAUUUUGUAUACAGAACUGACAGUAUACUUGUCAUCAUAGGAUGUUUCAGGUUGCUACUACUGUAGCAUUAGCAAUUGCAAUACUUAAUAGAAACAAUUUUUUAAAAAAUUAGUUUUUACAUUAUUGGUACAUAAUGCUUAACUCUGGUAGACAGUGGAGAACUCACACUAAGGAAAGUUAAUUCACUUUUCUGGGUAAAAAAUAAUUGACUUACUGGCUCUACUUUAGUUAUAUCCUUUCAUAUAUUGUGUUCUGAGUCACGGAUAUUAAGUCUUAAUAUGGCUACUUUGAAGCUUUGAGUAAAUCAUGUAUUUGUGAAUGUUUUUGUAAGUUCUUUCAAUAAAAUGCAACAAUUUUACAGUAAAAUGAGUUUG